UCAAGAAAUAUUCCACAAAAGUUUACCUUAAUUUAAAAAAAGAAAAAUUCAAAAAAGGAGUUGUAAACCUCUAUCUAAAUGUUUGUAUUGUGUAGUAGUUGUUGAUUUGAAUAUUAGAAAGUGGCAAAUAUGACAAUUCCUUUUACUCUCUUUCUCUAACCUCUUUUAUUCAUCCCUUUAAAACUCCUUUCCACCAUUUCUCAUUUUUCACCACCCUCAACCCCUCCUUACUCUCUCUCCCACUACUUUAUAUAUACUUUAUUUAUAUAAUCAUUUUCGCUCAUAUUCAGUAUAUAUCGCUUAUAAAAACCCGUCACAAAAAUAUCAAUACAAGAGUAAAGAUUCACAUAAACAUACCUAAAAUAAGCUUAAUUCUUUUUUGGGUAUUAUAAAGCAAGAUCAUUUCAUACAAUGACAAUCAACAAUAACAAGAUCUCAUGGAGACAUUUCUUGCCUUGUUGUGGCUUGGUUAUACCAGAAGAAAUUCCAAAAACAAAAAAUAAUGGUAAUCAUAGUCAUAGUCAAAAUCAUAAUAAUAAUAAUCAGGUGAAUCCAUUUCAAAGAUUUGCGAAUUUGAAGGACCCAAAUUCACUUACAUUAUCUGAAGAUCUAUCCAUUUCUUUAGCUGGCUCAAAUAUUCAUGUGUUUAAUCUUAAUGAACUAAGGUUGAUCACUAUGAACUUUUCUUCUAGUAACUUCCUUGGAGAAGGUGGUUUUGGUCCGGUUCAUAAAGGGUUUAUUGAUGAUAAAAUUAGACCCGGUUUGAAGGCUCAACCUGUUGCUGUCAAAAUCCUUGAUCUAGAUGGUACACAAGGUCAUCGUGAAUGGCUGGCAGAAGUGAUGGUGCUUGGACAACUAAGACAUCCACACUUGGUAAAGUUGAUAGGAUAUUGCUGCGAAGAUGAACAUCGAGUUUUGGUGUAUGAAUACAUGCCUAGGGGUAGCCUUGAAAAUCAACUCUUUCGAAGAUUUUCUGCAUCACUUCCAUGGUUAACAAGACUCAAAAUCGCGCUUGGAGCUGCUAAAGGACUCGCAUUCCUACAUGAAGCCGAAAAACCAAUCAUCUAUCGCGAUUUUAAGGCCUCCAACAUAUUGUUAGAUUCAGAUUUCACUCCUAAACUAUCUGAUUUUGGGUUGGCAAAAGAUGGGCCUGAGGGAGAUGAUACACAUGUUUCUACUAGAGUUAUGGGUACACAAGGCUAUGCUGCUCCUGAAUACAUUAUGACAGGUCAUUUGACGGCAGCAAGUGAUGUAUACAGUUACGGAGUUUUACUAUUAGAACUUCUUACUGGAAGACGAUCAAUGGACAAAAAUCGGCCACCAAGAGAACAAAACCUAGCGGAAUGGGCUAGACCACAACUACAAAGCCAAAGAAGGCUCGCACGUUUAAUGGACCCAAGAUUAGAGGGCCAAUACUCAGAAGAUGGGGCCCAACAGGCAGCUUUACUAGCCUAUCAAUGCUUGAGCCACAGGCCCAAAAGUAGGCCCACAAUGAGUGUCGUCGUUAAGACUUUAGAACCCUUGUUGGACUUAGUCCAUGAUAUUCCUUCUGGGCCUUUUGUUUACACAGCACCUAGUGAACAAAGUCCUUCUCAUGAUCAAGUGGGAGGCCCAACAAGGAGAGAAAAUGGCGGCGAACGCCCUCGUCGCCGCCACGACAUAAGUCGUUUAAGGGCACCAAAGGUAAAUUUCGAUUCAAAUGUACAAAUAAAUUUGAGAAAUGGGCUUAAUUCGCCUUCACCGGGUCACCACCACAUGGGAAGAGGAGCAUAAAAAGGUCCAAAAAGGAAGAACGAUACUCCAUAUUUGUACAUAAAUACAAGUUUGCAAAAUAUAAUCAAGUGUCUAGAUUAGAAUAGAGGAUACACUAUACGUUUGUUAUCUUUUUUUCUUCAUUCUUUGAUGAACUAUGAGGUUUUUGGUAGCAAUUUUUGUGGAAAUAUAUAUAAUUUUGAAAGAUUUUGCUAACAAUUAAUCAUAAUUUACGAUUUUCUCCUCCUCUAAAUAAAUGUCAAGAUUUUUUUUUUACUC